AUGGGGUCCAGCAACGCUGUGGUCGUCGGCCUCAGCGGUUGCUCCUCAAGCGGGAAAACGACUCUGGCCCGUCUCUUGCGAGAUAUUUUCCCAAACAUAUUCAUUCUCCACGAAGAUGACUUUUAUAAGCCAGAGUCUGAACUUCCCACCAAGGACGGGCUUCUAGACUGGGACUGCGCCGAGUCUAUCUCGGUUCCAGAUAUGAACAAGGCCCUUGCGUAUAUCCGUGAAAAUGGAACGUUCCCCCCUUUUGUGGAUUCCAAAGAAGACCAAAACUCGGUCGGCAAAUGCCCAGUUUCGGACGACAAGAUCUCCGCCAUCAAGACCAAGGUCGACGCCUGGCUCCAGCCCGGAAAGCCCGGUCACGCCAUUUUCACUGAAGGCAAGCUACGAGUCUGUCUGUUCGAUGGGUUCUUGCUCUAUUGCAAAGAGAUGGAGAGCACCAUGAGCCUGAUAGACAUCAAAUUGUUCUUGCUAGUGAGCCGCGCCAAGGCGACUCAGCGACGAGAGGCUCGCGACGGCUAUGUCACCCUUGAGGGCUUCUGGAAGGACCCCCCAGGCUACGUCGACAAGAUUGUCUGGCCCAACUACGCGGAAGCGCAUGACUGGUUAUUUGAGGAGGGCAAUGUCGAAGGAACUUUGAAUGAGAAGGUUCUGCAGGAGAAGGGCAUCAAGGCACAGGUUGGCAAGGGGCUAGAUAUUGACAUGGAGACAACGUUGGAGUGGACUGUUGAUACCAUCAUCGCUGAACUUGAGAAACGCGCAGAGAAGUUGUGA